GUUUACAAUUUUAUGUUUUUAGAUUUCAUUCAGAAUCGUGUUCAAAUAGAAUGACACGGAUAGUAACAGCUAUUUGGGUGUUUUCUGUUAUAGUAGUUUUCUUUACCAUAGUCAACAACGGUUGCCACGUUGCACGUCACGCUAGAAAAAAGCGUCAAACAAAUGCUGCAAAUAACUCGUUAACAGUGGAAGAAACAAGACAGCUGAGAGAUUACUUCGCAAGUUGUAUGACUGACAAGAUUAGCCUCUUUACGAAUUGGAACGGAGUUAUUGACUACACAAUAUUGGACACAAACUGGUAUUUCCAAGCAGAUGAGACCGUAUGUGCUGGGACACAGAACGACACCGUACCGUGCUGGGAAAGUCGAAUCGACAUUUAUCUUCGUCCGACUUCCGUUCUCACUGGACCGGCCAAAGAGUGCAUUCGGCAACUGCAGGAAGACGUAGCUACUACAGGGACAAUGAUCUACAGAUCUAGAACGAAGCGCCAAGCACCCGUUCCAGUGACGUCAGAUUUCUUACGUGAGCAAUACGUAGAGUGCGUUCGCCAUCAACUCGUUUUGCCCCCGAACAGAAGGAACAUUGAUAUUGGGGAGGUGGUGAAGUUUGUGGAAGAUCAUGCUAUUUGUGGAACAUGCGACCUUGGACGAAACAACAACGCUUUUAUUGUUUCUGAGGAUACUCAACUGACAAGUAACCAGGAUACUGAAUCAUUGGUCGCCACAAUGAGCCAGUCAUACACACCUACGAGCAGUACAACUACACCAAGUUCUAACUCAGGACUAGCGUGCGGAACAGAAGUUUACCCGUUUAGAUUCCAAGCAUUGACAAAACUAACUUCGCCAUUGUUUUCAAAUAUUGUUACCUGCAACGAGGCGUACAGAAACGUAUUUCUUAUAAACCCUUGCUCCGAGCUGAUCAACCAAAGAAGUGACGCCUUCUGUAGAUCUCAGUUGUCAUGGUGCGACGCUUUCGGUGACUUCAUGAGACAAAACUGUGGGAAGGCAUGUUGCGAGAAAGAACAAAAUGCAUUGCUUGAUGCCCCUGUUGUUGGAUGGACGGAGUGGACAUCGUGGGGAACCUGCCCCGCUCCUUGUGGGCAAACUGCAGUGCAAACAAGAUCAAGAAUGUGCCCCCUGGGUGAAGUUGGGGUUUCCCCUUGUUUGGGUCUCGCAAGCGAAACCAGGACCUGUCACCCCGUCAUCGUGUGCGCUUCUUGGACUCAAUGGCAAGCGUGGUCAGCAUGUAGCGUAUCCUGCGAGGGCGUUGGCACAUUUAAAAACAGGUAUAGGACCUGUCAAGGCGGAAACCCAGGAGAUAGAGGCUGCGAGGGCCCGGGCAUUGAAUCUCAAGCUUGCGGAAGAGAGGUGUGCCCGGAGCCGGCCUGGGCGCCUUGGUCGUCGUGGUCCGAUUGUUCUUGGAAACGAAGAACCCGUGUAUGUGUCGGCGGCAUCUGCCCUGGAGAAGCCACGGAAUUUACAGAGUGCCAGUGUGGCACGUGCCACAGUUCUGUGGCGCCUGAAUGGCAAGAAUGGUCGGCAUGGAGUGAUUGCUCUGCGCUGUGUGGUAGAGGUGUUAGAAGAAGGGCAAGAAUUUGUCAGCAAACCAGUGUGAUACCUCGUCAGUGCCCAGGCAGCAAUGUUCAAGUUGUUUCUUGCAAUGGCUUAUGCCUGAUCUAAUGCCUCAUACUUUUAUUUUUUUAUGUUAUUUAAAAAGCCCUUUUUCCUCGUUUUUUCUUGAACUGCUCAUUCACUGACAUUUUCUUGCAUUCAUAGCCAAGUCGUAUUUUCGCAAAACGAACCCGGAAACUUUUUCCUUCUAUUUCCGACCGAACCUAUAGUUUCGAAGCAUCAAGUAUAAAUCGUUGUCAUGCCAUAGAGAGAAUGUUAAUCUAUUUCUGUGAAGUAUCUAAACUAAUGCCUCGGAUUUUCGAGUUUCGAAUUCGCGGUCUGCUUUAACAAAACGCUUGGAACGAAACUAUGCGGUUUUCUGGCGCGUGUGCAUCGGGAAAAUUCUGCAUCACGUUUAAGCUGUUUGCUAAAAAAGUUCAGUACUGCUUCGAAUUUGUGGUCUAGAGUUUCGAAUUCAAAGUCUAUUUUAAUCAAAUGCACCUGGAACGAAUCUGCGUGGUUUCCGCUUUUCAUAAAGCAAAUUCUGCAUAACUUUCAACGUUUUAAGAUCUUUGAAUAACAUUUUUACUGUUUAAAUACAAUUGUUAUACUUUACCGCUUUACUUUUUGCAGUAAAUUUUGUUUUUUUUUACAACCAAUAAUAGUUUUUAUGAUUUCAAACUUAAUUGACUUGCCGUGUCAGGGAAAUAAACAUUCAAGCUAAA